ACCCCCACCCACACACACAAACAAAAACCCCAAACUGCCCUGAGAGGAUAGACUGCCAUUAAAUCUCAAAGAAGAAACAGCCUGUGGUUGAAGAAAGGGACAAAAGAUGUCACUGAGGAUUUUAGAGACAAAGUGGAAAACAACCCUGACCGCCAUCCUGGAGGAGCUGACCGAGCCACAACUCGGGAAGCUGAUGUUCAGUCUGGAGAAAAUCCCCCGUGGUGUGAAGAAUAGCGAGGCCAGAGAAGGGAUUCCUCAACUUAUCAUCCAGUACUACGGGACAGAAGGGUCCAUCGCUGUAAUAGAUAAAGAAAUGAAGAACAUACCAAGGAUGGACGCUGCGGUCCAGGACCUGCUGCGCCCCGUGGUGGACAAACUGAAGAAACAACGCGAGAAAAACAAAGGGGCGACGAGCAAACGUGCAACUGACUCGGGGUCAGCGGCCAAGAAGCCGGAGGCUGCAGCUGGGGCGACGAGCAAACGUGCAACUGACUCGGGGUCAGCGGCCAAGAAGCCGCAGGCUGCAGCUGGGGCGACGAGCAAACGUGCAACUGACUCGGGGUCAGCGGCCAAGAAGCCGGAGGCUGCAGCUGGGGCGACGAGCAAACGUGCAACUGACUCGGGGUCAGCGGCCAAGAAGCCGCAGGCUGCAGCUGGUCAACAGAAGAGCUGCCAACCUGCCAAGGUUCAAAGUGCUGCUGUCCAGACUGGUGUAAUUAAAAUAGUAGGAAUCAAAAAGGUCAAUACGAAGAACACUCACCUGGAGGCAGAGUUCAACAGCCAGCUGCAGACAUUUUUUGUGACAUCUCGGCUUCUGGAAGAGGCAUGUGGCUUCAAACUGGAGGGUGACUUUAAAGAACGCCUCGUUAGUAAAAUGCCGCUCUCAGUAGAAGUUGAAAUAAAAGGGAAUAAAAUUACAUCCAUUAAAAAGAUUUAAAAUUAAACAAAAAAUGUUGGUUUGUUUUGUGUUUUUCGGCGGUGGGAUACUCCCAGUGCUCCGCCUGGUGUCGCAUGACUGUCUGUCCUCUCCGCUUCCUUUCUGUUUAGCUUUUGUCUUAUUAAAGAGCCACUUGUAGCGGUCGACCCUCUCCGACUGUUGAGGCCUUUUCAUCGAAACGUGAGCUUCAGCUGAGUCGGUUAUUGCAGGUACUUUUGGUAGCAUUGCCAGGAGUUGCAUAUUUAGCCAAUUUUGACCAAAAAGUUCCAGGAACUAUGGAGACAGAGUGACUAAACUAGGAACUAAAAUCCCUUUUGUAAAUUUGUGUCCGCCGCCUCUGAAGAACCGUGAAGAAAAUUAGGCCGAUGAAGAUUAAACGACGACGGGAGGGAUCGAAAACGCUUUUCAGAUUUUUCUGUAAAUUUGGUUGGCUGGCUACAGUCUCCACAACAGAUGAGCAGCUGAGUGUUUGACGGUUAUUUAUUUCUGUUUUACAACGCGACCGUCAUGAAACAGUCAGAAAAUAAAUAUCGCACUCUCCCCUAACUUGGCCUUACUUUGUUUUUAAUGCUUACAAACAACAAUAAAUGUCCGACCCUCGCCCUAAUGACUUCCAGUCGCACCACGACCUUCCGGCACACGAGGUUCUUUGUCCCAUCGAAAGGUUUCUGCAGUGGAAACACCCUUUACGUAAAAGUGGUCGGUUUUUUAAAACAAAGACCUCUUUUAUUCAGUUUAAUUUUAAUCUUAAUCUGUCCGUUGCCCAGCAGAUUUGCGUUAAAACUUUUCAAAAACAAUGAACACGUUCAGCACAUCGUCAUCAUCAUCAACGUCGUUGAGAUUUCUGAUUGUUGACUCAGACUUUGUGUUUUGUUAGAAAGUAAAUCUCGAGAUCCAGAAAUGAAAUGAAAAAACAAAAAGAUCUGUUUAUUUCUACUUGACUUUAUUAAAAAAUACUAUCAACAAAAUCAUCAAGAAACACACACACACACAAAUCAGUAUCCAUCCAUGUAAACUACAUACAUACACUGUUUAACAGGAGAAAAAACAGACAUCAUAUAGAGCGUCCUGUUUGUUGAGAAACAACUAAACGGAUUUUACUUUGAAAAAAAAAACAAAAAACCCAAAAACAUUGUUGGCAAGCUGACUACAACAAAAACACAAAAAUCAAUCAAUCAAUCUAUAAGUGAAGGGUUUCAUUCCAAAAUACUUCGCAUCCAAUUUAUUAAUAAUUAAAGGUGGAGGAUAAAAAUGACCUGAUAUUCCCUGUUUGAGUUUCCAAAAAUAUACAAUAUUUAUAUAAUUACAUGCAGUGAAAUCUCUGGUUGGCAGCUCGAUUUUGGAGGGAAACUCUUCACUUUAGAAAAUCUGACGACCAAACGGUAAUGAAACGCUAACUUAAAAAAACAAACAAAAAAAAACACUUAUUUGUUGUUUAUCUCUGGUUUACGUGCGCACACACACACACACACACACACACACUUCUGAUUUACAUUCAAACCAAACAGAAAAACAAGAAAUCUACAAAAAUAGACCAUUAGGCAUUUUACACUUUGCAUGUUGAGCAUUCGUCUGAGUCGUCUCCAAAAAAAAAGCAACUUUGUGCACAUUGAACCCGGCUGUACGACGUCACCGCGUGUCUUUAAUAUUAAGAUAAUCGUCUUUAUUCACAUAUGAACAGAUGCUACUGUCGCACUACGCUAAGCUAACAGCUGUUUUUACUUACUUAUAUUAAACCAAAUCUUUGAAUGAAAACACAACGAGCAGUCAAGAGAUCCUCCCCACACACACGUUGUCAGAUCUAAACCAAUAACGCGGAGCUUUCUUUGGGGGUCGGAGGUCAAACGAGUAACUGAGGGAAACAUUUACACGCUGACGUGCACAGUGUCGUGCAGUUACAAAGGCGCCAUUCAAACGGAGAAAGAAACUGUCAAAGAGGGAAACAAGCCUGUUUUUGGGGGCAUUUCAAAAUAAUAACCAACAAUAACAGACCUUGGAAAUGACUCCUGAACAUCACCAGCUCAAAUAAAGUCAUUAACUCGUCAUUU